CGGAAGACGAAGAUUAGAUAGUACGUUAGGCAUUACCUCGCUCGCCUUGAGUUGAAGGAGCGGCCGCCGACUGAUUAAAUAUUCAGUAGCGAUACCUUUCGUCGCAAAGACAUCAGGCAAGAACAAGAAGUUGAAUGCUUUCCCCGAAAAUGCAACAGCGACCUCCAAGCUUUUGCUCGCGCGACAAAAUAAAUACACUACUUUACAAAACGAUUUUUCUGAUCAAUUUUAACAAGGAAGUGCUACUAGUUUCAUCCAGAGCUGCUUUUCUCGUUUCAGUCAUUCACCCAUCUGUACCUGUUUAAACUUUGAUCUCUCGCCAUAGUUGUCUAUGAUGUUUCUUGACAAAUAUCGGCAACUGGAGCUGUGGCUGUCUAAUGAGUGUAUGUUCAGAAAAAAGACGGCCAGUAUUUACCAUGUUCGCACUCCCAAAGCUGAAUUUUUUUCAUAGGAUAGUAUAAAAGCAAAGAAGUGCAAAAGUCAAGAGAUCUCUAUACACUUGCGUGAUGAAUCCUGAUCACAGUAAUUGUCAAUGAAACAGAAGUAUCAACAUGGCAAAAAUGAAAUUUGGCGACAAGGACGAUUGCCGAGCCGCAAAGAAUAGCAGGUGACGACUCCCGGCAGCACCUUCCCAGUCGACAAAGCAAGGCAUUCUUGAGUCAGAAGUUCUGUUUCAUUCAUAACCUCCUGCAAAGCAACUGCCCAAGUAGUUUAAUCACAACCGCUCGACUAGUUUUUUUAAUGGAGAUGCAUAGUCGGAGAGAAGAAGAAAAGUAGCAUCCAGCCUUUCGCAACAACAGCAGAAACUACCAAGAAACUCAAAGUGAACAACUCCAACAAAUUACAAGCAGCAGGCCUGCAACGUCCUUGGCUGAGGGUGUGGUGGCUGAACUUUCAAGGAACCACAGGAGCGUCUAAUUCCUACCCCAGUCUUGAAGCGAACUCCAGCUUUUUGGUCGUCCACUUUCCUUUUCAUCCGCCACCGCAUGACUUUGACUGUAGCAAGCCCGAGGACGACUACAGCACCACGACAUCAGCACUAGUAGAAACAACAGAAAAGUAAACACCAGGCGACCAGCACCACGACCGCUUCUUUACGUGGUACAAGAAGCAACAAGAAGACCACAACCACGACGUGAAGUUUUUCGACUUCGUCCACUCGUAGCUCGCUGGAAUCUACAACAGCCAAGAAAAGAAAAGCUUUUGACAACAUGAAUGUGACAGAGCUUGAUCGGCAGAUCGAGCAACUGAGGCGAUGCGAGUACAUCCGGGAGGCGGAAGUGAAGAUCUUGUGCACGAAGGCGCGCGAGAUUUUGGUAGAGGAGUCGAACGUCCAACGCAUCGAGGCACCCGUGACCAUAUGUGGAGACAUACAUGGACAGUUUUACGACCUCCUGGAGCUGCUCCGCGUGGGUGGAAACUGCCCCGAAACCAGCUAUCUCUUCAUGGGCGACUUCGUAGACAGGGGGUAUAAAUAAGAGGACUGCUUUUGUUUAUAGUUAUACAUUGUAUUUUUAACCUCCGAAAAAGUUUUUACAGCGUUGUAGAUGCUUCAUGCAAUGCUAGUACUACGCAGAAGCUUGUCUUUCGGCCCUUUAUGGUCAUAAUGGCUUGGAGAACGACGACGAUCACGAAAGACAAAAAUGCCACUGUUGGAUGUUGUUGAUAUCGGAAAAGUAGGUAAUCAUUCCUCCUGCUUAACAAUAACAUUCUUAGUAUAGAAAUAUCUUCGACAGAUUCAUGUUGUACUUGUAUCUGAGUCAGAUCUUGUUCAAGUUCAUCAAGAUAUGACUCAUCAGGUUUUAUUCGGUUGAAACGUUCCUACUUCUCCUGGCCCUGAAGGUCAGGUAUCCGGAGCGAAUGUUUCUAAUCCGGGGCAAUCAUGAAUCGCGACAGAUUACACAAGUGUUACGCGAGUGGACAUCGAUUCUUUUGCCCGUCCCCCUUGGUUCUUGAAUCGCAAGAUCAUGAGUAGCAGCGAAAAUAACGACCUGAUAAAUGAUCAUGCAGGCUCUGCAUGAGAAGUCCAUGUACGGAAUGUAGAUAGUGCGAUUUCCUCACCUUUUCGAAUUCUAUCAAUAUCUGUUUUUGUAAUGCAGGCGCUGCCACAUCCAAGUGCAAGAGCGGUAUUUCCAUUUUAUAUGUUGAUCUUCGGCAAAGGACAAAAUGAAAAUGAGAGGAGGACCACGGGGUGGGGUAGUUUUGCAGUCGCAUACGCGUACGGCUUCUACGAUGAGUGCUUGCGAAAGUACGGCUCCGUGAACGUAUGGCGGUACUGCACGGAGAUUUUCGACUACCUCGCGCUCUCCGCCCUGAUCGAGGACAAGGUGUUCUGCGUGCACGGUGGUCUGUCGCCCCUGAUCUCCAACCUGGACGAGAUCCGUGCCAUCGACCGUAAAUGCGAGGUGCCGCACGAAGGGGCGAUGUGCGACCUUCUGUGGUCCGACCCCGAGGACUGCAACGGGUGGGGCCUGAGUCCCCGAGGGGCCGGCUACCUCUUCGGCGGCGACGUCGUCCGGCAAUUUAACCAGGUAAACGACAUCCAGCUGAUUGCAAGGGCCCACCAACUCGUUAUGGAGGGGUACAAAUGGAUGUUCACCGGACCGCUCCCCGUGAUGAACAAAAAUAAAAGCAGCAACAACGACGAAAAGGAAAACGACGGCGACGACAAAAUGAACGGCAUCGCGCCCCCCGCGGCGAGUGAGAACAAGAGCGGCCUCGUCACAGUAUGGUCCGCUCCCAAUUACUGCUACCGCUGCGGGAAUAUCGCGAGUAUUCUGGAGUUCGACGAGUCUUUGAAUCAAACCUUCAAGACCUUCGACGCAGCGCCAGCAGAAUCUCGCGGCGUCCCAGCGAAAAAAAUUGCCCCUGAGUACUUCUUGUGA